AAAAAAAAAAAACAAAUAAAGCAUUUGAACUACUUGAAAUUUGUAUACAUAUAAAUUUAAUUUAUAAAUACAAUUCCAUCCUAACUUUUUAUGAAUCUCUUUAUUUAUUUAUAAUAUGUUACCAGGAAUCGGUGUUUUUGGCACAGGACCAGUUGUUAAAGUGCUUGUACCAAUUCUCCAAGAGAAUGGUUUCAAAAUUGAAGCAAUCUGGAGCAACAUCAUUCAAGAUGCUCAAGAGGUAGCUAAAGAAUUGAAAAUACCGUUUUACACUGAUAAAAUUGAUGAUGUAUUGCUCAGAAAGGAUGUUGAUCUUAUAUUUGUGCUUUGUGCACCUAAUCUUCAUACACAAAUAUCAGUAAAAGCACUUGGAAUUGGAAAACAUAUAGUCUGUGAUAAGCCUGCUGGUUUAAAUCAGACAGAUGCUUUGAAGAUGGUGAAAGCAGGACAAUAUUAUCCUUCCCUAAUAUCUUUGGUAAACCAUUCCUUUCGUUUCCUACCAGCUUUCACACAUUUAAGGAAAGCAUUGAUAGAAAAUUACUUGGGUAGCCCUGUUACCCUGAUUGAUAUCAAGAUCCAAUGUAGUUCUUUGUUCAAUGAAAAUGAUCCUUUCAACUGGAAAUGUGACGAUGUUAUGGGAGGCGGAGCGCUGAACCUUAUAGGCAGUCAUGUGGUUGACUUAGUGACAUUCCUAACUAAUCAAAAAGCUAUAAGAGUUCAUGGUAUAGUUAGAACAUUCAUGAAGACCACUGAUACAAUCAAGGGUAUCAGGAAUAUUUCAGCACCUGAUUUUUGUUGUUUUCAAAUGGAACUUGCAAACAAUAUUCUGGUUACGGCAACUAUUAAUAGUCAUAUAGCAGGGAGCUCCUUCCAUCAAGAAGUUUUAGUAUGUAGUAGUACUGGUCAUUUACUAGUGAGAGGGGGAGAUCUAUUUGGUAGAAAGAGCAAAGGAAAUGAAGAAGUUAUUUAUCUUGAUGUUGAAGACUUGAACUGUUCAGUACCGAAUCUGAACUUGCCUAAACCAUUCAUAAAAGGCAUCUGCAAAAUGGUGUCUGCUCUUCGUGAAGCAUUCCUUCCGGUAAAAGAGAAAGCUGGUUGGAUAAAAGAACCUGUAUCUUCUGCAGCUAAUUUUGAAGAUGGGCUUUAUGUUCAGGCUGUUUUGAGUGCUAUCAGACAAUCUUCUAAGAAUAGAGAAUGGGUGAAAGUUAACAUUAUAACAGAACAACCUGAUACUAAUGCUUUACUCAGUGCAGCUGUUAGAAGAACAGCAAUAUCUAUGAAUUAGUUCUCACUUUUAAUAUUCAUGGCAUCCACGAUGAAUCAGUUGUGUAAUUUGUGAUGAAUGUUGCAUUAAUUUUUUUUUGUAUCUUUUGAUAUUUCAGUGAAAAUAUUUUGUGAUAUGUUGUUCUUCUACUUUGAAUUGAUUUAAUAUUUAAUUACUCUUUUUAUACUUCUGUUGAUUUUUCAUUUUUGUAUAUCAAGGUUGUAACUAAAUUCAAUUGGGCAAUUAAUUUUUAUAAGGGUAUUGGAGCAUUCAACAAUACCUUGUAUCAUUUGUUUUCUUCUGUUAUUGAGUUUUUAAAAAUGCUAACUUUUGUGAUCACUUAAGGUUGUGUUAAAUUUUUCUCUAUUUGAAUUAUUUAAUAUUUAUUUAAAUUGUAUCAUUGGUCUGCUAGAACUAAUAUAUUUUUACAAAACCA